AUGAAAGACUUCUACUACAGCAAGGUGCGCUCGGUGUCGUCUCCUGUGGAUCCCGCGGUUCUGUGGCCGAACCACACGCUGUUUCUGCAUCCGCGACAAUAUUCCAACAUUUUCCACAUUUUGGAGGGAACUUCCGUCAUCCUCCGCGUCCUGCUCCACCCCGAGCAAUUCCCGCGGGUCGCGCAGAUCAUCAUUUCCCAGCAGCCCCGCGUAACGCCCGGAUCCUGGGUCGUCGAACUCCUCGAUCUUUAUUUGGACGCCUUCCCCGCGGGACAGAGACCCAUGUACCUUCCCCCGCGGGGAGCGGCGAAGCGGACGGUGUGCGACCGCGGCAUGGUGGUGGCGAAGGCCUGGGAAACCGCGGGGACCGGGAGCUUCAUCGGGGAGCCGUUGGCGGCAGAUUUGCUUCGCGCGGCGGCGUACCGGAAGUUUCAUUGGGCGUUUCAGUGGAAGAAGAAGGGGGAGAAAUUGGCGGGAAUUCUGAUUCGGCGGGAAGGAAAGCGGAAAUUACUGAAUCACGCGGAAGUGCUGGAAGGGCUUCGAAACGAAUUCGGUGCGGAGCUGGCUCUCCAAGAAGUCGCUCUGGAACACUAUUCCGGUCGGGAGCAGAUCGAGCUGUUCAUGCAUCUGGACCUGGUGGUGGCGGCGCACGGCGCGGGCCUGACGAACAUCAUCUGGAUGACGCCGCAGUCGUUCUUAUAUGAGCUGUUCCCUCCGCAGUGGCGGUUCGGGUGCUAUCAGCGACUUGCAGACAACGUGGGAUUGCAGUAUCGGAAGGAUAUGGCGGAGGGAGAGCUGGGGAGAGAGUGUCGCGUUAGUCCGAAGUCGUUGAGUUGCUUGUAUGCGGGGACGCGGGAUCGGGAUUUCCGGAUGGACGGGGGAGUGGUGAAGGAGGGAGUGAAGAUGGCGAUGGAGCGAGUGUGGUUGAAUAAGUAUCAGAGUGAGUGA